CCUAUAAUUGUAUAAUUUAUUGUUUAUAACUUACAGCUGGCGAGGACGGAUCUAUAAAAAUAUGGUCUCGUAUCGGAAUGUUGAGAACAAAAUUGAUCGUAAAUGCUGAGCCAAUAUUGUCGGCCGACUGGAAUUCCGACUCAUCUAAAAUUGUGUAUACUCAACACGAUACGCUUUGUAUUAAAUCAUUAAAAGCGAACAUAAAAACAAUUAGAAUUAGAGGCCAUAGUGAUCUUAUACUCAAAGUUUCGUGGUGUAGAGCCAACGAUUUGAUUGUAUCGGGAGGCGAAGAUUGUUACUAUAAGGUAUAUAUAUAAGUAGUAUGUAUUUAAUAUGUAAUUCAUAAAAUAAAUAGUUUUAAGUUUUAGUUGUUAAUAAUAGGUAUAUACAACAACAUAAUUCAGUUCUAUAGUUUAUAGCGUUUCUUUCGUUGCUCAAAUGUCAAAAAGUUCAACGUGAAUGUCGUUAAAUAAUGCCGUUUUAAUAAUUUAUAUUAAAGUUUGAACUUAUAUGUGCGUAGGUACUUGACAUAAGCGGAAAUUUGGGAAAUUAC